AUGGCUUAUAAGAAAAAUGUUCAGCGGUUGAAUAGCACAAAAUAUCUGCAGGAAGAUGGUAGUUUAAACCUAGUCAAUAAUAAGAUCAAUUGUUCGAUGAAUCCAACUAUUGAUAACACUAAGAAACAGCAGUUUGCAGAAACAGUCAAACUUAUUAGGGCGGUUACAACAACUGUUAGCAUCAGUACUAUUACUGCUGGUGAUCAACAUUUAUCUGACAGUAACAUUAGUGACAGCGCUGACAAGAUUAUGGAAAACUCACUUGAUGCAAACGGUAUACAGAUGGUCUGUGAUUCAUCAGUGAAAUAA